AUGACAACACAUUCAAGCCAAGGGGGAAGUUAAAUAGUUGUUCCCUACAGAGCUUUCAGAAUUAAUCACAAAUCUUUCAUGAAUAGAAGAAAACAGUUGAUAAUGAGGGGUGAAGUAAUAUUUAGCUGUUUGCUUCUGACAGUCUAUGGAAUGGCAAUUCAAAAGAGAAAUGCAGAUUUUGAAGAAAUAUAUGGCAGAAAUAAUGAUUUCGAAAUAGAAAAAAGAUAUGACUUAAGUGAUAUUCGAAUCAGUAAUCGCAGAAAAAGGUGGAGCAUUGGAAGUGUCAAUAAAGGCGAUCAUAACUGUACAAGUGGCAAUAGAAACAUCGACAAGAAUAAAAUUACGAAUGAAAUUGGGGAAGGAAAUUUUGAACGUUCUGAAGUGAAAAGUGACUGGAGUAUCGGCAGUAACAACGAAGGAAAUAAAAAUACCGCAAAUGGAAACAAAAGUAUUUGCAAUAACCAGAAUCAUAAUUUCAAAAAUACAAAUGUAUUUAAGGCCGGAAAUGUCGGAAACAAUAGAAGGAAACGUCGCUGGUCAAAAAGGAAACCAGCCAGGGGUAAAAAACGAGGAUAGUUAUGACAACAACACAAAUUAAUUUAGGGCUGGUGAUGUCGGAAACUUUUAAUUGGAAAUAAUAUAUUUAUGUACGUUGUUUCGAUUGUUGUUUUUCGAAAAUAUAGAUAUGUCCUAGAUUAAAAGUAUUGCAGAUGUUGACUUACUCAGCCUGAUAUAAAAAUUUGUGUGUGUUAAAUAUAUGAUUACCAAUAAAACGGUAGAACGUUUUUGCUAAACGUAAAUGAAUGAUAUCAAAUUACAUUGAAUUAUAUGACUAAGUAAAUCGUUUAUUUCUAUAAGCAUAAAAGAUUGUUUACUUCAGAAAAAAAUUUAGGGGUAAUUAGAUAACAAUUGUAUAGUUGUAUAGGCAGUACCUUACUUUGUUUUGCUUUUUUAACUUUUUUGAUUCGAUCGUCACUGAUGAGUCUUUUGAAGACGAAACACGCGUCUGGCGUACACAAUCUUAAUCCUGGUAUAUAUGAUGAGUUUAUUUAUACAUUUAGUAGAGUAUAUGAUUGCAUUGAAGCAGACAGUAUUGAAAACUAAACCUGGUUAUUUAAGUUAAUUGUCCUACACAAUUUAAUUGUCUUUUGUUUGACAGGCAAAAUAGAGAAUCUUAGAUAAGGACGUUCAACAUCAAGUUUUCUAUUCUUAGUGCAUUAAAUUAAAUAUUAUAAUAUAUUAUUGAAUCUUGUAUCUGAUUAACAGUUUUGCAUUAGUUGUUUGCAAAAAAAAUAUAUUACUAGCAAGUACACUAUAUUUAGAUAUAUUAUUUGUAUUUGCUUAUAUUUUGUGUAAAUAAAAAAAAGUAGAAAGAAAUUUUCAUAAUAAUAUGUCAUUGUUUCCAUCGUUAAUAUCGACCUGAACAUGCCUGAAAUGUUUGCAACUGGAAGUAAAGCAAACACCAACCAAUCAAUCAGUCGUUAAAAUAAUACUUUUUAACUGUACAUUUUUUUCACCUUUUUAUAGAUGUGUGUUAUAUUUCAAAACUGCCGAUUACUUGCUUUAUUGUAAUAAAUUUGAUUCAUCAAAUA